CAAUGUUCACUAGGAAGACUUCGGAGCCCAUUAACAGUAGAUACAUUUUUAAAAUAUAUACUUUUCUUUGAUUGCCAACUUCAAUUAUUCCUAUAUAUAUCGAUAAUAGUUUUAUGUAUUUCUCUAUAUUAUUAACUGAGAAACACAGAUGGACAGCAUCUCAGGACAAGCUAUGUUUCUCCUCUUUUGUUUUAUCUUAUCAUGUUUCCUUAUCUUCACUACCGCAAGAUCCCGAGGGAGCUCUCGCCGUGACACCACUCUGCCUCCGGGACCUCCACGGUUACCCAUCAUCGGCAACAUUCACCUAGUCGGAAAGAAUCCACACUGCUCAUUCGCCGAGCUCUCAAAAACAUAUGGACCAGUCAUGAGUCUUAAGCUUGGAUGUUUAAACGCAGUGGUCAUAUCUUCACCAGACGCUGCAAGAGAGGUUCUGCGAACACACGACCAAAUCUUGUCUGGCCGCUACUUCAACGAAGCAGUACGAUCCAUCAAUCAUCAAGAUUUCUCUGUCGCCUGGCUUCAUCCGUCAUCUCCUCAUUGGAAGCAGUUGAGGAAAUUAUCAGUGACUCAGCUGUUCUCACCGCAGCGUAUCGAGGCCACCAAAGAUCUACGGAUGAAGAAGGUGCAAGAACUUGUCAACUUCAUGAGUGAAAGCAGCGAAAGAGAAGAAGCUGUUGACAUUUCUCGUGCAUCCUUUGUCACAGCCCUCAAUAUCAUUUCUAAUCUUCUGUUUUCAGUCGACCUCGGUAACUACGACUCGAGGGACCCCAGUGUCUUUCAGGAAACGGUGACUGGUGUCAUGGAAUCUAUCGGAAAUCCAGACUUUGCUAACUUCUUCCCAUUUUUGAGAUUUCUUGACUUGCAAGGUAAUGGAAAGAAGUUGAAGGACUGCUCGGAGAGAUUGUUUAGGGUUUUCAGAGAAUUUUACGAUGCUAGGAUCGCAGAAAACUCAUCGCGGACAAACGAUAAGGAUGUUUCGUGCAGGGAUUUCGUGGAUGCGCUUAUUGAUCUCAGCCAAGGAGAUGAUGCAGAACUAAAUAUUAUUCAGAUCGAACACCUUCUCCUCGAUCUGUUUGCAGCGGGCACGGAUACAAACUCUAGUACCGUGGAAUGGGCAAUGGCAGAAUUACUCAGGAACCCAAAAACGAUGACGAAAGUUCAAGCCGAGAUCGAUCGGGUGAUAGGCCAAAACGGUGUCGUGCAAGAGUCCGAUAUCUCACAGUUGCCGUAUUUACAAGCUGUAGUUAAAGAAACUUUCCGUCUGCAUCCAGCUGCUCCCCUUCUCCUACCACGGAAAGCAGAAACUGACGUAGAGAUUCUUGGGUUCAUGGUGCCUAAAGACACUCAGGUUUUGGUUAAUGUGUGGGCCGUAGGACGAGACUCGAGUGCGUGGGAGAAUCCGACCCGGUUCGAGCCAGAGAGGUUUUUAGGGAAAGAGACUGAUGUGAAAGGCAAAGAUUACGAGCUUACACCGUUUGGAGCUGGAAGGAGAAUUUGCCCGGGGUUACCUUUGGCUGUGAAGACAGUGCCUCUUAUGCUUGCUUCUCUUCUCUAUUCCUUUGACUGGAAGCUUCCAAACGGCGUCGUUUCUGAGGGCUUGGACAUGGACGAGAGCUUCGGUCUCACAUUGCAUAAGACCAACCCGUUACAUGCCGUGCCUGUUAAGAAACGCGUCCACUAAAUUAAUCAUUGCUAUAUUACUUUUGGUUUUGUACGCAUUUAAUAAGUUCACACAUCAAUGACUGGUCAAAUUCACAUUAUACAAAGCAUUUUGUUUCCGUAGUUAAUUAAUACUUGUUAUACCUUUAGUGUAGUUGGAUAUGAGUCAUAUCUACGAAUAGAUUAAUUGUUCCUCGUAGAAUCGAAUAUUUAUGCAAUUAUUGGGACGUAGUCGUAUCAGUUGUGACUGAUUAUCG